GAAUUUUCAAAGUUUCCAAAUUCAAAAUCCCUAAAAACUCCCCCAACUCUGCCCUGGCUCAUUUCCCUCUGCGCUCUCUUCUGACUUCAUUCAUACCUCUGCCAACUGUCCUCCGUCAGCCAUCAAUUCUUUCUACGAUUUAUUUUAUUUUGGUGUUCGCAAACUACAGUGUAAUCUUAAACGGGUCAUAUAGCCUUGAUCUUUCAGCACCUUGCCUCCCCGUCCUUCGACGUCCCUUCUGGUACACCGUAGAUGAUCUGUUGGAAAGGUGGAUUUUUCCCGCUCAUGGAAAUAGAGAGGAAGCUACCAUUUGGUGAUCAUGAUAAAGGUUCGGGAAAACCAAAAUGCAAUUAGUAAUAUGGUGGAUUGUAGAGACGCUGUACCUUGUAAUGAUGGAGUGAAUGAAAAUAUGGUUGAUAUUGUGGAUGAAGCGGCACAUGGUCGAGAUGGUGCGAUAGUUGAUUCCUCUAAAAGGGCUGUUAUUGGAUUUGAAGGGGAUACAGAUUUUGAGCCACGUAAUGGCAUUGAAUUUGAGUCACACGAGGCAGCAUAUGCCUUUUAUCAGGAAUAUGCCAAGUCAAUGGGAUUUACUACGUCCAUUAAAAACAGUAGGCGUUCCAAGAAAUCAAAAGAAUUUAUUGAUGCUAAAUUUGCAUGUUCCAGAUAUGGAGUCACACCAGAAUCAGAUGUUGGUAGCAGUAGAAGGUCAAGUGUGAAAAAGACAGACUGCAAAGCCAGCAUGCAUGUGAAAAGAAGGCCGGAUGGGAAGUGGAUUAUUCAUGAAUUUGUCAAAGAGCAUAAUCAUGAGCUUUUACCAGCCCUUGCUUACCAUUUUCGAAUCUAUAGGAAUGUAAAAUUGGCUGAAAAGAAUAAUAUUGACAUUCUGAAUGCUGUUAGUGAACGGACAAGAAAGAUGUAUGUUGAGAUGUCCAGACAGUCUGGUGGAUAUCAAAAUGUAAGCUUGCUUCAGAAUGACAUAAAAAAUCAGUUUGAUAAAGGUAGGCACUUGGUUGUGGAUGAGGGAGAUGCCCAAAUUAUGCUUGAAUAUUUUAAGCGUAUCAAGAAGGAGAACCCAGACUUCUUCUACGCAAUCGAUUUAAAUGAGGAGCAACGCUUGAGAAAUUUGUUCUGGGUUGAUGCUAAAAGUAGGAAGGACUAUGCAAGUUUCAGUGAUGUGGUCUCUUUUGAUACCACUUAUGUGAAAUUCAAUGAGAAAUUACCAUUUGCACCAUUUGUUGGAGUUAACCAUCACUUUCAAUCUAUGUUACUCGGCUGUGCAUUGCUUGCAGAUGAGACUAAGCCCACAUUAGUUUGGCUAAUGAAGACAUGGCUUAGAGCAAUGGGUGGACAAGCUCCCAAAGUUAUAAUUACUGACCAAGACAAAGCAUUGAAGGCUGCAGUUGAAGAGGUCUUCCCAACUGCACGCCAUUGCUUUGCUCUUUGGCAUAUAUUAGAAAAGAUCCCCAAAUCUCUUGCACAUGUGAUUGGACAACAUGAAAACUUUUUGCCUAAAUUCAAUAAGUGCAUUUUCAAGUCUUGGACCGAUGAAGGGUUUGAUAUGCGGUGGUGGAAAAUGAUAACUCGGUUUGAACUCCAAGAUGAUGAGUGGGUUCAAUCAUUGUAUGAAGACCGCAAAAGAUGGGUGCCUACUUUCAUGGAUGAUGUGUUUCUUGCUGGAAUGUCUACAAGUCAGCGUUCUGAAAGUAUGAACUCCUUCUUUGAUAAAUACAUCCAUAAGAAAAUUACCUUGAAAGAGUUUGUGAAACAGUAUGGGGCAAUUCUGCAAAAUAGAUAUGAAGAGGAAGCUGUAGCUGAUUUUGAUACCUGGCAGAAACAGCCAGCACUAAAAUCUCCUUCACCUUGGGAAAAACAAAUGUCAAUUGUUUAUACUCAUGCAAUAUUCAAAAAGUUCCAAGUUGAGGUCUUGGGUGUAGUUGGCUGCCAUCCCAAAAGGGAAAAUGAAGAUGAAGGAACUAUAACAUUUAGAGUUCAAGACUGUGAAAAGGAUGAAAAUUUUUUAGUAAUAUGGAAUGAAGAAAAGUCAGAGGUUUCUUGUAGCUGUCAUAUGUUUGAAUACAGAGGUUUCCUUUGUCGACAUGCAAUGAUUGUUCUCCAAAUGUGUGGUCGCACAAGCAUCCCUCCCUGUUAUAUAUUGAAGAGGUGGACUAAGGAUGCUAAGAGUGGGCAAUCAACAGCUGAAGGAACAGACCGAGUGCAGACAAGGGUGCAACGUUAUAAUGAGUUGUGCAAACAAGCAAUUGAAUUGAGUGAGGAAGGAUCAUUGUCUGAGGAGAGCCAUAACAUUGCUUUUCGUGCACUAGUAGAAGCUUUGAAAAAUUGUGUCAACGUUAACAACUCUUGUAUCAGUGCUGUGGAAUCUGUUGGCCAUGCUCAUGGUCUUCGUGAAACAGUGGAAGAAAAUCAGGGGAGUCUUGCUUCAAAAUCAAGUAAGAAAAAGAAUACAAACAAGAAACGAAAGGGGCAAUCAGAGCCAGCUCUCAUGUUUGUUGAUGCCCAAGACAGCUUACAGCAAAUGGAGAACCUGAGCUCAGAUGGAAUAAGUCUUAAUGGUUAUUAUGGUGCCCAACAGAACGUGCAAGGACUGGUACAGUUAAAUUUGAUGGAGCCACCUCAUGAUGGUUAUUAUGUUAAUCAGCAGAGCAUGCAGGGUCUGGGACAGUUGAAUUCUAUAGCACCCAGCCAUGACAGUUUUUUUGGCACUCAACAAAGCAUGCAUGGGCUGGGACAAUUGGAUUAUCGACCUCCAGCCAGUUUCAGUUAUGCUUUGCAGGAUGAGCCCCAAUUGAGAUCAACACAAUUGCAUGGUGGUGUUUCAAGACAUCCAUGAUGAACAGACACAACUAUGGUACUUGGAACUGCCUCUUGGAGACAUUUAAAAGUAGAGUUCGGGACUGUAUAUGUUAAAAGGAAAAAUGAAUUCAAGAAAUGGAAUAUCGCUCUGUUAUUCACUUCAACUGAUUUCAUUGAUAUCCAAAUUCCAGCAAAGGAGAAGUCAUCCCUCAGUUUUCUAUGGCAUGUUCUGAGCUGAAAUUUACACAACUUUUGUCUUUGGUGAUUAUGAUAUGCCCCUGCCAAAAUUUUUGGAAAACGAAGCACGACUUGCAUUUUUAUGCAUUGCUUUUAACGCAUUGAGAAUAUGACUUGAGGGCAGUUGGAGCAGGCUAGAUACUUUUCCUUAACUUCUUCCAUUGACACAGAAGGAACUUCUAAGGUAGUUGCACAAAUGGGAAAACCAGAUUCGCAUGCUACUUUUAGAUUUUAACUUCUCACCUCAUAUAUAGUGGAAUUACUAACCUCUUACUGAGGCCUGAUGCUUAUAAAGACUGUUAUGAUGUUUGAUGAUGUAAAUGUUGUAUAGAUUUGUUUGACCCUGCGCCUGUUCUGUUUUCCUUCUCUUUCUCUGAGGACCCCAGUAGCAUGUUGUAAUCUGAGAUCCAUAUGUUUUGUGGAAGGGAACUCUGAAUCUAGCAUAUUAUGGAAAUGUCAGCUCCUAUUGUAUGAGAUGUUUCAGGGGUAAACUAAAAGCUCCUAGUGUUGUCAGAGUUGACAACAAGAUGUUAUCACGUUCAUGGAGCUUCUGUAAGGAAUAGAAGUUCUUGGGUGGGGGCUUGCAUGAAAAUUUUCUGCAUGAUGAUUAUCAGGGUAAUCUGGGGUGCUUGUUUAUUUUCUAGAAGAGAUGUGUUGUUUUAGCUAUGAAAUCACAAUCUUAAUUACU